AUUACAAAUAUAAUAGUCGCGCUAUGGCCUCACCGAGUCCUCUACUGAAUCUCCACGUCGCGGCGCCGAUCGACGGCGGCUUCAAAUCACUCAACAGCAAACCACCGGCGCAGUGGUUGUCCGACACGAAUCGCGUUUUGUGGAAGUUUACGGAGCUUUCGCAGCACAGCGAGGGCAAUGGAGUCGGGUCCCUGAAGGCGCGGGUUGAGCUCGAACAUGGCCCGGGCAGUCAGGGCACUAUAUUCACCCAGUUCAAUUGCGAAGGGACCACACUGUCGGGGGUCGAGUUUGAGCUCAUAGGUUCCGGAUAUAGAUUAAGCUUGGUGAAGCGAAAAUUUGUGUCUGGAAAAUACAUAUGCGACGGGGAUUCGGAUUCGCGUUCCCGAUAUGCCGCGCCGCCAUCUAGCGUGGAUUGACGACUUCCGGAAUGGGCGCCUCAAUGGGAGAGUCAGCCUAUUUAAUAUAUUGAUAUUUGCUUAAUCAUUCACUGCCCAUAUCGCGACUACUGAUCAUUCAUAGCCUGAAUAUGUGGAAAAGUCUGUUGGAUACCAACUUUUCGUCGAUAUAAAACAAAUUUUUUUUUAAAUUGUGAGUUUAAGUUGUUUAAAAUAUAAAUGUGUUAUUGAGAUUCUUUUUAAUGCCAAAUACUGUUUCUUUGUGCUAUUUAAGUUAUAUCAUUUUAGUAGUGACUUAUAGGUACAAAAUUUAGAAGUAAGGGACACUAAUUUGACACCAAAUGCGGAUCGCGUUAAAGAUCUGACUUUAAUGAUAAUUACUUGACAAUAAACGUAUGUUUUGUAUUUAUCAUAAAAUAUGUGUAUAGUAAACAAAGUUUUUUCUUGUAUUAGAAUGUGUUAUUUUAACGAAAGCUUUUACAAUAUAACAGAACAAUUUUGUUCAUCGAGUGAAGAUUUUCUUAGGUAUCCAACAUACUUCCCAGCACGAAGACUUCCGCCAUUUGAUUCUCUCUACAUAAUCAAAAUAUACAUAUAUAAUAUACAUUUCUUUUUUUUUAUCUCAAUCUUCUACUAAAAAGUAUAGUACAACACUCUUUAUUCGUAUUGUUUAUAUAUAUUUUGCGUUAUUUUUAAUAUAGAUAGUAUAUUAGUAUAUUAGCUUUAUAUUAUAAUGUAAUCAUGCGAAAGAGAAAAAGUAUGUAAACGACAUGUAAACGUCGAUUCAGUACAUAUAUAUACAGAUAUAUUACGCAAAACAAUUUAUAUUUCGGACGGAAAAAACGUAUUGUUGCGAGUUUUUCAGCGAGGACAGACCCUUACAUACCAGUUUUUACUUUAUUUUCGUAUAUGCAGAGAUAAGAAUAUUAUAAAUAGUAAGCUGUGCGAAUAAAAAAAAAUGCGAAUAAAUAUAUAAAAUAACCGAAUAAGAGGAUAUAACAAUGAGAGCGAAAGUGUGCGUGUGUGCAAGAGAAAGAGAGAAAAAAAAGUUUCAGAUCAACGAUACUUUUUUAAAACGUUCGAUGCGAGGCGAAUCAAACGUGUCCCGUAUUUUUGAACAUUUUAAAGUUAAAAUACAAUUUCGAUGUUGAUAACUCUAGUUUUUAGGUAUAGCUAAAACGCUUCGGCGAAAGAAGCUGAAGAAGAGAGCCUCUUUGUCUCUAUAAAUAUUUCAAACUGAGAUUCUUGAUACGUAAAAAUGCUGAAAGUUUCCUAUUUAUUAGGAUUACAUCUCCGUUUUCUGUCAGUAAAAAAAAUACAUACUUUUGUUAUGCGACACUUGUUUUCACAUGCCACUGUUGUAAACAAAAACUUAAUUUAUAAUCAAUUACACUCUUACACACACAAAGUUACAAAAUAUUA